AUGGUGAUGCUUCGUUUGACCGCCGAGCAAUAUCGGACGCUGCCGAUUUUGGUAGACGAGGAUACGUGCAUCGGCAAAACCUAUGUUAUCACCGGUGGCAACUCUGGCCUAGGCCUUGAAACGGGACGACACUUAGUCGCAGCGUCAGCUGAAUGCGUCGUGCUGGCCGUGCGGAACCUUCAGGCUGGAGAAGCUGCCAAGAACGACAUUGAGAAGACAACAGGCCGCAAGGGAGUGGUUCAGAUACGGCAUAUAGACAUGUCAACCUGGGGGUCUGUCCAGAGCUUCACAAAGAAGUUAGCAGAGGAAUUUGACAGAAUUGACGGCUUCAUCUGCAACGCCGGGAUCAUGAUCGACGCGUGGUCGCAGUCCGAGGGUAUGGAGACGAGCAUAUUCGUCAAUGUUAUCAAUACUCUGUUCCUCGGCGUUCUCAUGAUGCCCAAGCUCGAGGAGUGUGCCAGGAAGUUCAACAUCAAGCCUACCCUCAUCUUCAUCCUCAGUGUUCUUGGGUACACUGUCAAGAGCGAGAUUGACAAGAGCCGCAACGGUGCCAUCUUUGAUGGGCUAAACGACCAGAAGCGGGCAAAUAUGGACUCAAGAUAUGCUCUUAGUAAGCUGGUCGAAGAGUGCGCCGUACGGCAGUUUGCAGCCCUCUGCCCUGUCGAACGCACGGGCGUCGUCAUCACCAUGGUCGCUCCAGGUCUCUGCACCACCGGUCUCGGCCGCGAUGCCCGAACCUUCACCAGGAUCAUGCACGAGGCGCUCCGGACCACGAUGGCCCGAACUGCAGAGGUGGGCAGCCGCACAUAUCUACAUGGGCUGGUGGUGAGCGAAGAGGGCCACGGUAAGCUGCUUUCUGGCUGCAAGAUCAAGGAGUGCUGGGUUCCCACGUGGCUCACCAACAAGGAGGGUCAGCAGCUACAGAAGAGCAUCUGGGAUGAGCUCGUUUCUAUGCUAGAAUCUGUGCAGCCUGGCUGCGUCUCACAGCUCAAGUAG